AUGCCUAACAAGAUUCAAGAACUCCACACUGUGGACGACAAGUCCUUCGAUUAUGUGUUCGAGCAGAAUGCCACCGUGACCCUAAGGUCGAGCGAAGGCUUGGUUCGUGUCAAUGUUUACCGACCAAAGACUUCGGAGAAAGUCCCUGUUCUGAUUACCUACGGACCCUACUCAGAAGUCAACCCUGAGCACAAGUCAGAGCACUCAGCAUGGGAGACCCCUGACCCUGCUUUCUGGACCAAAAAUGGAUACGCAGUUGUUCGUGCUGACGAGCGUGGACUUGGCCAAUCUCCCGGUCUGCUUGACACCAUGUCAAGAGGUACCUCAGAAGCUUUCUUCGACGUAGUUGAGUGGGCUGCAGAGCAAGAGUGGUCAUCUGGCAAGGUUGGUCUCCUUGGUAUCAGUUACUUUGCCGGAUCCCAAUGGCGUGUGGCUGCAAGAAACCCCAAGGGCUUGUCGGCCAUCGUCCCUUGGGAGGGUAUGUCGGACUACUACAGAGAUCGUUGCCGUCACGGUGGUAUUCUGUCCAACCAGUUCAUUAGAUUCUGGUGGAACCGCCAGAUCAUCACCAACCAAUAUGGACGUCCAGGCCGCAAGGCAAGCAACUGGGGCCCAGACACAAUCGAGGGUGACCUUUCGGAUGAGGAAAGAGCUGCCAACAGACAAGACCAGAACAUCGACAACCAGAACAACUAG